AUGUCUUGGCAAGGUAGCGGCCAUGUUGACAAGGGAGCCAUCUACAGCGCGAAGGGCGAUAGUGUUUGGGCUACCAGUGCAGGUUUUACCAUCUCCCCGGCUGAGAUGCAGGAGAUCGUCACUGGUUUGAGCGGGAGCUACGACAAGCUGUAUGCUGAAGGACUGCACAUUGCGGGCGAGAAAUUUGUUCUUACAAAAGCAGAAGACCGAAGUCUGUAUGCCAGGAAGGGCAGAGAAGGCGUUGUUAUUGUCAAGACCACACAAGCUAUCCUCAUCGCUCACUACAAAGACGGCAUGAUUGCCGGAAACUCCGCACAAACUGUCGAGCAGCUGGCGGAUUAUCUCAUUAGCACCGGAUACUAG